UUGUUUGUUAGUUUGGGAAGCCGAUCGUUUUCUUGGCGGAGAGACGGCGGGUGUGGUGUGGUGUGGCUCGCUCCCCACCACAAAGCAAGCAGAGAGCUCGUCCUACACCCUUCUUCCUCCAUCUCUUCCGCUUCAUUCAUUGCCUGCCUUGUAUUUUCCUUGGACAUUGCUGCUGUGCUUGCGCGAGAUCCUAUAUCCUGUAGGAGCAAGCUAAGAAGAAGAGGGCAUGGCGGCCGCUGUGUCCUUCUCCCGGGUGCGGGCACUCCCUACGUGGUCCAACUCCGUGUCCGGCUCCGGCGAUUCCUCCUACUCGGUGGUGGCCAUGUCGCGGCGCCGGUCUAGUGCGCGGCCGCUUCGGUCGCCGGCGCGGAUGAUGGGCAACGUGAACGCCGGCAAGGGUCUGUUCGCGCCGCUGGUGGUGGUGGCGCGCAACAUCAUCGGCCGCAAGCGCUUCAACCAGCUGAGGGGGAAGGCAAUCGCGCUGCACUCGCAGGUCAUCACCGAGUUCUGCAAGACCAUCGGCGCCGACUCCAAGCAGCGGCAGGGCCUCAUCCGCCUUGCCAAGAAGAACGGGGAGAAGCUGGGAUUCCUGGCUUGACAUGGGUCCACGCCGGGCUCCCCACCAUCCAUGGCUCUCUCUCUAUAUACAUAUAUAUAUAUAUUUAAUUAUGAUGAGUCAAAGUACAAGUACUCCGUCCAUCACCCAUCCAGUGGUGAAUGAAGAAAAAACAAAACAAAACAGCAAGUGAUCGAAAUGCUUCUGUUCCAUUAUUCAGUUUCUGAUGCUUCGCAAAAAAAAAAAAAGUGAUCGAUGCUAGCUAGUACUUUAGCUGCUUGUUGCUUGCUUCUUCAUUCAUGUACUUGGACAGUACGAGUUAAUUAUUACUUGUUCUUGGACAUUG